UUUUAACUUUUUAUUUUCUGUGUACUUUUUUUUUUUCUUUUUUGUUUUUCCUGUUUUCUUAUUUUGUUUCUCCUUUCUUCAGGCUAACUGUCCUUUCCCCUCGAGCUAUAGAGGUGGAGAGUUGCCGUGCGAGCGCGUCACCUCUGCGUUCCGACCGGGCUGCGGGCGGAGCGAGCUGCGGGCGGUUCGGACCAGCCCUGCUCUGACCGCCGUCCCACGCCCGGCGGCGAGCGCAGAGCCGUGUGUCACCCUCUGGAGCAGGACGCAGCCUGGCCUCGCUCCCUGCCUCUCCUCUCGGUGCUUCCCUCGCUGGCGGUGCUCGGAGCGGCUCCAGGUGGGAGCGAUGAGGGUAUCAAUACCAGCUGUGGCAGUGUGGGGGAGAAUUGCUCCCUCUCACAGCAUCACUGCCAUUAUGAUUACAGAUGACCAGCACACUAUUGUUACAGGAAGUCAAGAGGGGCAAAUAUGUCUCUGGGAUCUUUCAUCAGAAUUAAAGAUUUCAUCUAAAGAAAUUCUCUUUGGCCAUACUGCUUCUGUAACUUGUUUGGCAAAGGCAAGAGAGUUUGAGAAACAGCCAUAUGUAGUAAGUGCUACUGAAAAUGGGGAGAUGUGUGUUUGGAAUGUCACUAGUGGACUGUGCAUUGAGAAAACAAAGCUUCCUUAUAGGCAUACAGCAAUCUAUUAUUACCAUUGCUCAUUCCGAAUGAGAGGUGAAGGCUGGCUUCUUUGUUUUGGAGAAUAUCAAGAUGUUCUUAUUAUUGAUGCUAAGACUUUGGAUGUUCUGCAUACUUUGUCUUCUCAGUCUUCUGAUUGGAUAAAUUGUAUGUGUAUUGUUCGCUCCGCAAGAAUUCAAGAAGACUCACUGGUUGCCGUGUCUGUAACUGGAGUUCUUAAAGCAUGGGACCUAUCUUCAUCUUUGACCAGCAUACAGGAGAGGCAAAAUGUGUGUGAAAAGGAGUCCAAGUCUCUGGACUGUAUGAACUGCCGAGCAAUACGGUUUUGCACUUACACAGAAAGGCUCCUUCUGAUUGUGUCUUCCAUAUGCUGGCAGGUCUAUGAUUACUGUGAUUUCUCUUUGCUGUGUACUGAGUUCUGUAAGAGUGGUCAGUGCUUUGCUGGUGGAGAAGUACUAGCAGCUUACAGGCUUAUCAUCUGGACAGAAGAUGGUUACAGUUACAUCUACCAGCUGCUAAACAGUGGACUUUCCAAAAGCACAUAUCCUGCAGAUGCGAAGGUGCUGAAAGAAACUGUUUAUCCUCAUUUACUCUGCUUUACUGAUGUGAAGGAAAAUAAGAGUUUCCCUUUUGUCAUGGGCUUUAUGAAUGAAAGGAAGGAGCCUUUCUAUAAGAUUCUUUUUUCCGGUGAAGCUUCAGGAAGAAUCACUUUGUGGCAUGUUCCUGAUGUUCCUGCAUCUGCAUUUGAUGGUUCACCAAAAGAAAUCCCAAUUUCAACAACAUGGACUCUUCAAGAUAAUUUCAAUAAAGCCCAUUCAGUGUCAGAGGGCAUUAUAGAUCAUCUCUGUGAGUCUAAAGAUGGAAUUGAAAACGCAGUUGUGACUUCCUCUGUGUACAUACCCGGUCUGGAUAAGCUUGUGUGUGGAUGUGAAAAUGGGGAAAUUUUCAUAACACUAGGUCUAGAAACUGCAAGAGCAAGAUUUCUAGGAAAUGCAUCUUUGAAAAGUAAUCUACCUCAUAAAGUUUUGAAUGGUCAUAGUAGCAGAGUUACAUGUUUACUUUAUCCACAUGGUAAUUCAGUAAGGUUUGAUCCCAGCUGGCUGUUAUCAGGGGGCCAGGAUUCUACUGUGAUCUGCUGGGAUAUAUUUACUGGAAAAAUCUUGCACCGAUUUAGUCUGCAAUCUGGUCCAGUGACAGAGCUAUUGAGAUCUCCAGACAACUGCAAAUUGCAGUAUCAUAGUGUAGUGUGCUGUGUGUGUAGUGAUCACUCAGUAGCAGUUCUACACCUUCAGAAGAAAGUUUGUCUCUUACAUGCCAGAAAGCAUCUGUUUCCUGUGAAGAAGAUAAAAUUUGACCCCAUUGAAAAUCUGCUAAUUGUUGGGUGUGAAGAUGAUUCUGUUUAUGUUUGGGAAAUUGAAACAGGCACUCUGGAACGGCAUGAAACAGGUGAAGUAGCAAAAGCAAUCCUUUCUUCCAUUGAAGAGUCAGAAUACUUAGUGGCGGAUUCUCUACAUCCUGAAUCUCAGGAGUCUAGAAGAAAUAAAAAUGUUCAAUACAAAUCCUCCAGCUCUUAUAAGCGUGGUAUGAUCUACAAUCUUACUCAGACAGAAAAAUCUUCAGAUAAGGUAACAGAUAACAGCCUUAUUCAACAGCCCUUUACUGUUUUACCAGUUAAGACAAAAUGGAACAACGCAAACUUUCAUGUUCUCUUAUUUGAUCUGGAAAAACUUGUGGAUAUUCUGCUGUCAUCUCAACUCUGUGGAUUGAAGUCAUCAAAUUCAUUCCACAAUUAUGAUGCUCUAGAAAGAGCCAAAAGUACUAUUGAGAAAAGAGCGCUAACAUUAAAAAGAAAUAAAACUGCUGGGUUCACAUUGUCAGUGGAUGGACAAGUAGGUACUGUUUGUGCAAACCAGGUCAAUAUAGAUUCUAACACAAUUAGGCCUUUGGAAGAAAGUGGUGGCAUAAAAAGACAGAAAAAAAUGAAGAGUUCAAGAAAGACUAAAAUGCAGCCAUCAGGAAACAUUGAUGUGAACAUCACCACAGAUACAGCUAAACUGCUUUUGUCAUGUCUCUUACCCUGGGGUGUAGAUAAAGAAAUAGAUAAUCUUUGUGUUGGGCAAUUAGAUAUCUUAAGGCUGCAGAGCCCGGUUGCUUUUGGACUUGUGUCAAAUGAAAGCCACCUCUCAUUAAUGUUGCCGGGAUGGAAAUGUACUGAUGGUGGUGUGCUGGAAGAACACACUUCAAGCAACUUGUUUUCAAAAAGAGUGCUUGAUUUAUCAAACAAGUACCUUGCCGCAACCGAAGGGCACACUGGUGAGAAAGAUGGAGCAGUGAAUAAUGUUUACGGAACAAAGGGAGCUGAAAUAAUUUUUUUCUUAUUAAGCAGAAUACUUUUAAUCAACAGAGUUUUUAACAUGCCUUCAGCAUAUACGAGUCAAAUUGAAAGCCUACAGCAACCAGAAUCUGUACACAGCAAAUGGCAAAAUGUGGAAGCAGCCAUAUCUUCAUUUCCCAGUUUCUAUGGAGAGUUACCACGCAAUAAGAGUAGACGCCGUUCCUCUGAUUUUGCGAAUGCUUCACUGCUGAAACUCAUUUGUUGUUGGAGUGACCAGUCUAUAAAGAUUAUUGAGGCAAUGCAAGCAGUGCUGUUGGCAGAAGUUCAGAGGACUAUGACAACCUUGAGAAAGACAGCAGCCUGCAGAGAGCCAUUGGCUAUAUUAGAGAAUGGAAAUGUUAGUGUGCUGAAGCAUGACAAGAGCUCAAACUCGGCAAACUUCCAAGAUGCAGAGGGUGCACCUGACAGAUGUGUCUUAGAAGAAUCUGAGACUCCAGGUGAGAACCAUUUCAAGGCAGUUACCAAGUAUCAUGUGAUAAAUCUGGCACAGCUUUUGGGUCGGUAAAAAAGGCACACUGUAAUGCUGUUUCCUUUUUAGCAGCUGCAGUGUCAAAUUAACGGUCACCUCUAGGGGUCACAGUGUUAUCCUUUCCUCUUUCAUCAAGAAUUCAGGUCUUAGAAAGGAUAAGGUCUUUAUGACCAAAAAGAAAGCUGACACAACUAGUUCAUUAUAAUUAGUUUUGGACUACACUUCUUGUUUAAUAUAUAUGCGAUGUCUGACCCUUUGAAGGUAGAAUGAGGUUAUGAAAAACUAGAAGCACUGUAUAUGCUGCAGUUAAACUUAGCAGUGGACAUUCAAAUACUGUAUCUCUGGAGGAAAGCAAAUUGGUAGUUUUAAAUAGCUUGAUUCUUUUCUCUAAAUCAGUUCACAACCAUUAUUUCAUUUUAAUGACUCUUAACAUUGAUUCAGUUAAAUACAAGAACAUCCAUAAAGUGCAUUAUUUUUGGUGUCUAAAAGAUUUAUCUUCAUGUACUAUCAUUAUCUUCCUAGUUAUGGAAUAUCUAAGAAAUUCAUUAAAUGAAACCCAAGGGGAAACAAGUAUGAAGUACAUCCAAUCACAGCUGAUUAAAACAUUCUAUGCAACUAAAUAUUAAAAUCUUACAGUCUAUGGGCUUAAUCCACAUACACCAUAUAUGAAACCUGCACAUAGUACUCAUUAACGAAAGAGUUAAACAUCUUUCUUCACUCAGUAUUUUCCUCCCCUGCUUUAUCUGGUUUCUGUGUACCCUCUUGCAUCUUUGUGUGCUGAUCCGUGUAUCAUAUUUUUGAUUCAUCGUCUCUGUGGCCUGUCAGCUUAGUUAAGAGAUUUCCAAAUCUUGCAGCCUGUGCUGACAGGGGGCAGCUGCCAACAGUCCCCUGAUCCUUCCCCAAGGAACACUGCUGAGAUUUAAUUUUCAGUCAAAGGGUGCAGUCUGAAAUCCAUGUCAGGUCCCCUAAGUCAUCUCAGAACCCAGAAAGGACCCCUGUCUGGGGGAUUAUAUUUCAGCACACUCCACUCCUCCAAGAUUCCUUGGGAGUUCAACUGCCGUCAUAUACCUGAUUUGAACUACAUUCCUUUUUCAUCUUUUCCACAGAAAUGAACACAAGUAUACGUUAGAAUAAUUGAAACCAAUGAAUUGUAAAUUUGUAUUCAUUUUAAAGCCAUGUUGGCUUGAACUCACUGCUGUACAGCAGAAGGCAGUAUGAGAUUUAGAAAGAAAUAUGUAAUCUACUUGGGAAGGAGAGCCAUGUAAUUUCUUUGCCAUGACCACCUCAAGCUGUUUCUGGUGCAUGGUGCAUCCUUCAGAAACCAUCUGUACAAUGGUUUCUACAAUGAUCCUGUGUGAAAGUGUGUGUUGCCCAAGAUCUGUUCCAAGGUCUGUUCUAAGGUGAAAAAGAAUUUCAGCAAUGUGAUGUGAAAGUGUUGAGGUGAGAAUUAAUGUACAUUAAAGAUAACAUUAAUUUGAACCUUGAUUUAAAUUAUUAUGCGUAGCAAAGUGCACACAUUUGGAUGGGAACUUGAAUACCAAUUCUACAUUCUGCAUGUCUAUGUGAAGUAAUGGAAAGGAUAAAAAACUAUCAGGAGGUGAAUGUUGGCUAGCAAAAAUACAUGUUGAUAAAGCAUCUAAACUUAAAAACUGAGUUCCGUGCGGUCCAUCUGACAUCAUUAAACUGGUAAUAAACAAUGAAUUACUCUGGCUUUUGUUUCUGUCCAUUCCUGCAUUUUAAGACAUCUUGUCUUAUAGGUCUGAAAACCUCAGGAGAUUUCACUACUGGUCUCACUGCUUUCCACUGAGAAUUUGUGGCUUGGUUGUCAUGGAGACAUCGUAUUUCUCCAAGAAUUGCUCAUAUUGAUCCGUGGACAGGCGUAAAUGGCCAGGCGAAUGUGAGGAGUAAAGGGGGUUGGGCAGUACUAUAAAAUGACCAGAGGUUAUGGGUCGGAAAUAAGCUCAUAGCAAACACUUAGGUAAAGAGAAAGAAACAGUUUCAUUUUGUUUCAGGAUUUCGUUUUUGCACUUUAUGCCAUUGUCUUCUUUCACUAUAGACUGAAAGAAACUUGUUAGUCACUUGUCAUGUCAGAUCUUUGGUGCUUGUCCUGACACAGCUGUCAGCCUUCCAGCUCUGUGCAGUUCAGGGACACACAACAAAGAGCCAGGAACAUGAAUUAUUUAUUGCUCCUUGUGCGGAUGAAAUUCUGUGAUAAGAAAUUAAGACACUUCUGACCGAAGUGCUUGUUUGAAAGAAGAGAUUUAAUAACAGACUACAUUCACUUAAAACUUACUACUUACUUUUAGUAGCAAACAUUGAAACAAUAAUAUGGCAUUCAGUUGGGUAAGAUUUUCUCUAGUGUUUCUCAGGUGUUUUGACUUUGAAAUGGAUCUCGGAAUUUAAGAGUGCCUGGAAGGUCGGCAUUUGAUUUGGUGAAACCUGUGAAUUUAGCUCUCUCUCAUAUUCAGUGUCAGGACAACUGACAAUCAUUUAUAAACUUUAACUAAAGAGCUGUCAUUAUGUUUGUUUUGCAGACUCUGUUGCAUUUAGAAUAUGUUAUUAUAUGUGCAAAAGUGAUGUUAAGAAAUAUCUUCACUUUAUUAUCUCUUCUGAUGAGGAAAAGAUGAAAGUAUAACAGCAUACCAGAAAGGAACUCCAAAUAUUUCUAGACACGGUUCCUUGUUGCAUCUCCUACCAGCAUCAGUGAGGCUGGAGUACAUAGCCAUUAGUAGACAUAUCUGUUUACUGUGCUUUCUACCGGUGAAAAGUGCAGCCUCUAACCUUGACAUAAGAGUGAAAGUUAUUUUCAAAGUGAUCUAAAUUUUCUAAAUCACAUAAAGAGUACUCUGCUUAUUUUACUUUCACACUCUUUAUAUUCCUGUACAUGUUCUUACUGCUCCAGAGAUGGGCCUCCAGCAGUCAUGGAAAAAAAGGCCUGUACUCAGAUGGCAGGAAUCCAUCUGACUAACCAAGACCCCAAUCUGAGAUUUACCUGUGAUUUCUUGUAUUCAGUGUGUGAUCCAAGCUACGCUUAGGUAGGAAAUGAAACCCCUCAACCUGCACUUUUCUCUUGGAUAAUUCACAGCAAACACUUUUCAUGUGUGAUGGACACAGGUAAAUGUCAGACUGCAGUUUCUUGUCUAAGUGAAAUAGAUUUUAGUUUCUCCCUUCAUGUGCCUACAAGCUGCCAUUAUCUGUGAUAGUGGCUCACGUCUAUUUAGCCCUCACACAGAGGAGAUACUGGGCUUCUCUCUCAAAUGCCUAAUAGUAGGUUUAUCACUGCCAUUUUCCCUACAUGCUGAGGACUACUUCUGUUUGAUAUGCAAAGCCUUGGCUUUUCAAACUCUGCUCUGGCCUUGAACAUAAUAAUCAAAUAGGAAUUGCAACAGAAUUUUGUAGAACUUUUAAUCACAUUAAACUGCUGCAAAGAAUUCACUGCACCUUAGAAUGGUUCUUCAGUAGAAAUAAAUAUUCAUAGCAUUGUUUUCCAUUUCAGCAGUCAUUUUUUCUGCUCUUACAGAAACCGAGAAAGAAUCUGAAGCUGAUCAAACUUAGAUGUCUGAGUUCUAUGUCUGAGCUAUUCACCCAAAUAUUCUUAUGUAAACAGUGAUGGAAAAUUCACAACCCUAGAAGGCAGAUAAUCCUAUUCGUAGGGCAUUGCUUAAGAGUUAAGGGUAUUGAAAGUGCUCUGAAUUUUGUCAGUCUGAAUCUGAGAGGAACAUAGCAGGAGUUUACACAAUUGCAGAUGUUUUAGUUUUCAUAUGUGCUGCAGUCCCAUUAAAGAAGCUUCUGCAAGCAUAGCACUCAUGAGAUUAAAAAAACAGAUUUGAGUGGAAGUCAGAAGGAACAAUAUAGGCACAGAUGCCCCUUACCUCUUUUUUCCCCCAACAGAGAUAUUGCAGUAGAUCAAGCAAUAGGUUGUUGCUUUCUUUGGUAAUGGAGGAAAAUUCAGCUUGAUCAAGCAAAACAAAGCAACAACUGAAAGCUGUAGAUUGGAAUUAAAUUUUUUUCUAUCUUUUGGAUGAAAAUCGUGUAAACAGUAAGAAUGUAUGUAUGGCCUUCAGUAGGCAGGAAGUUUGGCUGAGUCAGCUGGUCCCUUCUGCAGCUCGUGAUUGCUCUCUGUGAUAUCUUCACUGCAAUAACAUUGUAGAUAUUAAUUUUUUUCCUUCUUCUUUCAGGACAGAAUGUGAUUCUGAUCAUAUGACAGAUAACAGUGAAAAUACAGUUUUCACAGUCUGCCAUAGUUGCAUGUCCUAGGUAGACCUUGACACAGAGAUGGGAGAGAUCUUUGACUGCUCCUAAAGUACAAUCUUUUAGAGGCUGAACUGCAGGAAAUAGAAAUGAAAAUGUGGAGAUAUAACAAGAUCAGAUACUAAUUAGCUGAGUAUGAAAUGCUAGUGUCUGGAGAUAAUUGCAGAAAUUAGGCCCAUAAGAAUUUCACUGUAUUGAAUGUGUUGCUGUGUCCCAUCAUCAUUCAGCAUUGCUAGUAUUUGUUUGUUUGGUUUGGUUUGACCUUGUAUUUGAAACUGUAAAACCAGAAGAUUAUAUAGUUGACAACAGGAAAAUGUGUCUCUCUUUAUGUCUAAGACAUAGAUAGGCAGAUAGAUGACAGACAAUAGGACAACCUGAGAAGAUAGCCAUUAGGCUGGGAAAGAACAGUGUGUUUCAUGUACUCAUAAAGAGUGCUGAAUGUAUAUAAGCAGUGCUUCUAAUUUAAGUAAUACUUUAAAUUCAGGUUGUAAAUACAUAAAUAUAUAUGAAUUAAAUGGGAGAAAGUCAUGAAGCUAAAAACUGAUGACUGAGAUUACUCCUUACAAAUUUAGCUAUUAAUGCCUUAUUAAUAAAGCUUCUUACUACUACUGUUUACAGCUAACACUGGAUUGUUUCUAUUGAAAUAUAUAUAUAUAUAAUUUGAAAAUGCUUUUUCCAUAGGAAAUGCAAAUCCUCUGUUAGAUAUAAACAGAAAUUAUUUUUUGUGUUUCUAUUAGAAAGUGUUUCAUUCAAAACGAAAAGGUGAAGACGAGAGGAGGACUGUUUCACAGAAAAACUCUGAGGAAGGCUAUGCAUUCUCUUAAGCUACUUUGGAUUCCAUAUUUCCUCAUGUAAAUUGCAAUUACGAUGUGAAAAGAAUAGAAAUCUUCUGGAUGUCGAUUUUUUGGUUUUUUAACACCACUGUGCUGAUGCUGAGUCUUAAUUUCAUCACAAAAAUAUAGAUUCUAAAUCUACAAAAAGAUUUUCAAAUAACUUUUUUCUUUUUUUUAACAAAAUAUGUUUGUUUCUUUUCCAGAUGACAUGAAGGCACAUCCCUGGAUAUCUAAGGUGUGCUCCUGUAAGGUGUGUUAGAAGACCCCACUUAGCUGAAAGAAUACGAAGAUGCACAAGAGCAGCCAAGGCAUAAGAUAAAGGUGGAAUGGACAUGGGGUGGCUUACUGUGGUUAUUAUUUUAUACCUUCAUUUUCAGAAGAAGUGUCUUCCAUAAUGUCAGCUGCUCUCUGCUGAUUUACUGAAUUCAAUUCACACUUCUCUCACUAAUAGAUUUACAGUUAUUCAAUUUAAUUUGAUAUUUCUAACAUAGAAAAUACUGAGUCCUUAUUUUAGAUGUUUUUCAUUGGCUACAGCAGUGAUUCCAAGUACUGAUUGACUGUAAACUUGCUUCAGUUUGAAUAUUCUUUUGAAUGCAACUAAUUUAAAUAAUCAAACUUAUUUUUUUCUCUCCUUUCUUCUCACUUUUAUUGCCAAUAGCAUUUUGACACUAAUAGAAAGUAUUUGGCUAAUUUGAAAAAAUAGAAAUUUUUUUUUAUUAUUAUUUAAAUGAAAAUGCACUGAAAUAUUUAGAAACAAUAAAAUAUAAACAACUUUGUGCUCA